AUGGAUUCGAAAACAUCUACACCUGCUUCAACAAUAACCAAUACUUACACUUCAGGAAUCAAACAAUCGUCAAUUUCAAUUGCAGUUAGAGUAAGGCCAUUUACAGAUAACGAAAACAAUCGUCUUGUGAAACUAGACGAUGAUGAUUUCUUUCUUGGAGAUGGAUGUUUUACCGAUGGAAACGCUAAUAAUAAUAAUAAUAAUGUCACCACAAAUAAUACCUCGUCAGCUAAUUCUAUAACCAAACAGAAAUUUCUUAAUCAAUCAGGCAUCAGAAAAAUCGUCAAUGUAGUUGAUGAUAGAAUGCUAAUAUUUGAUCCACCUGAGACAAAUCCUUUGGCCAAAAUGCAAAAGAAUGCCUUUCCUAAUAGUUUCAAAGGUUCACGAAUAAGAGAACACAAGUUUGUUUUUGAUCGAUUAUUUGAUGAAGAUGCAAGUCAAAAUGAUGUAUAUCAAAACACAACGCGGCCAUUGCUUGAUUCGGUUUUGGAUGGAUACAAUGCCACUGUUUUUGCAUAUGGAGCUACGGGGUGUGGUAAGACGCACACGAUUCUGGGCACUCCUGAAUAUCCUGGAGUUAUCUUCUUAACAAUGAAGGAGUUGUAUGAAAGGAUUGGGGACCUAAGUGAUACGAAAAUAAUCGAUGUCAGUCUAUCGUAUUUAGAAAUUUACAAUGAAACCAUUCGUGAUUUACUCAACCCAGAAACUGAUUUCAAAAAGCUAAUAAUUAGGGAAGAUUCAAACAACAAGAUUUCAGUAUCGAAUCUAUCGCGACAUAGGCCUGAAUCUGUGGAGGAAGUGAUGCAUUUGAUUAUGGCCGGUAAUGCCAAUCGUACAUCAAGUCCAACCGAAGCUAAUGCAACUUCAAGCCGUUCACAUGCAGUUUUGCAAAUAAAUAUUGAUCAAAAGAACCGUACCGGUGAUAUUAAAGAAGAGCAUACGUUUGCCACAUUGUCAAUUAUAGAUUUAGCAGGAAGUGAGCGAGCAGCAGCAACCAAAAAUAGAGGAGCAAGAUUAAACGAAGGAGCAAAUAUCAACAAAUCCUUGUUAGCCCUAGGAAAUUGUAUUAAUGCAUUAUGUGAUCCACGGCGACGUAAUCAUAUCCCAUAUCGUGACUCGAAACUAACUAGAUUGUUGAAGUUUUCCCUAGGAGGGAAUUGCAAAACCGUCAUGAUUGUUUGUGUAUCGCCUAGUAGUCAACAUUAUGAUGAAACUUUGAACACAUUAAAGUAUGCUGAUAGAGCUAAGGAGAUUAAGACGAAGUUGAUUAGGAAUCAACAUAAUCUAGAUCGUCAUGUGGGAUCAUAUUUGAAGAUGAUUACCGAACAAAAACAAGAAAUUGAGGAACUUCGAGCUCGAGAGAAUCAAAUUGUUGAUGUUACGAUUGAGAAACGGAAGAAAGUUGAAGUACGGAUCCUCCAAUUGUUACAAGAUACUAUAGCAUCAGUCAAACGUAAUAUAACCAAAUAUAAUCUCGAUAAAUCGAAAAAGAUAUUCAUGUUGGCUAAAAGGAAGGUGCUUUUACGACAAAAAAUUGAAAUUGAAAUCAUUCUUGAAGGGAAACAACAUUUUCAACAAACAAGGCAAUCAUCAAUUGUGCGACUGCGAAGUGAUCAAUUAACUUCUAAUAUUUAUGAUUUAUGUGAACAAAUUCUAUCCAAGAUUGAUAAUCAAAUUUGGCAAAUUGAAUCCCAGUAUAGACAACGCACUGAAAUUGACCAUAUUUUGGGUGAAUCAGCCGAGCGAGUAUUGAAAAGGUUGGUAAAUGAUGACCCAGAUUGGACUGUGUAUCAUUCGGUAAUAUAUGAUCAAUUGAUCCAAUCUAUUCGUGAUGAUUUACAACUGGAAAUCUUGGUUAAAUCAUCAGCAUUGUAUGAUCAUUUGAUUUACUCACUUGCACAAUUUUAUCGCACAUCUUGGGCUUUAGCUACUUAUUUAGCAAAUCAUGGUGGUGGUACCGGAAUGAAUACAGAUGAUACAAUAUUGCAAGAUUUACUAGACGGGUUGGAAAAACUUGUCAAUGGGACAUUUGAUGCUGUUUUUGAGAAAUUUGCAUUGGAAUAUCUUCGAAAUAAAACAUGGGACGAUAGGGCAGAUGAUCGGGGAAACUUAUCAAUGAGGCAGAAUGGUAAUGAGUAUGAAGAAAGGGAUAUAGAAGGUAUGGUCAACGAUGAAAAUGCAUAUCCUGCACAAUUAUUUAAGAAACCACGAACGAAUGGAGGGAAUGCAAGCUCAAUUAUAACACCUCCUCGAGAAGCAAGAAAACCCUUGACUAAACGAACAAAGACAUCGCCAAAUAGUAAAAUCAAACGAUCAUUAAAAUUGCCCACCUCAUCAUCAACAACAAAUAGUAACAAACAGAACCCAUUGACAUUACCCGUGUCUAACGCAGUACGAGAUACACCCGAAGAUGCGCCAGAAGAUACGAGUAUGAAUGAUAUUAGUUUUAAGAACACUUCUGAGUUGAUAUUCCAAGAAGAUGGCAACAAUUCCAUUCUAGUUGAUCAAGAUUUGGACUCACCAAUGAGUAAUACCAAACAAGUACAGUUUUUUGAUAUUUCGCAGGAUAAUGAUUUGCAAAUGAGUUCGCCACCGUUGCCAAAAGUGCCGUUGAUGCGUAGUGAAUCAAUUACAAGGAAUGAUAGCCGAAGUGACGACAAACACCAACCGGAAAGUAAUAGCGGAACCCCACCACCUAUACAACUGCAUCUACCUCCUUUACAUAGUUUCAAUUUGACUGAACUGAAGUCAUCGUUAUUGAAUAGGCUGGCUGCUAGGGUAAUGCUGCAGAAUAACGAAAAGAUGGGCCAUAUAUAA